AUGACAAUUCUCUGCCUCCACGGAUCCUACGGUAGUGCCGGAAAAUUCAAAAUCCAACUCGGAACCCUAGUAGAAGCCGUCCAAAAGACCGACUCGGUUCAAUUCAAAUGGAUCGACGGCGGCCACAACAUUACGCCGCCAGACAAUUUCGCCAAUUAUUUUGGAACACCACCGUACUACCGAUUUUUCGCAUUCGACGGUGUCAGCGCCUUGGAUACCAUCGUCACGAAGAUCCGAGAUUUUCCCACGGGGAUGACAGCCGAAGACACGAUCCGGAAAUUGAUCAACGAGGAAGCCUUGGCCAAGUUGGAUACGAUUCAGUCUACUCUGGAUAGGAUUUUCAAAAUCAUAGAUGAGGAUCCGUCGAUUGAUGGCUUGAUUGGAUACUCCGAAGGGGCUACUCUAGCAGCCACUUUGAUCAUGGAAGAGCGUAGGCGAUCCGAGGAAGAAGGCCGCCCGCGACGUAUUAACCAUGCGGUCUUCCUAGCGGGAUGGCCGCCUCUACGUCUUUCCCCAUCCACAAACUCUGUUGGUUGCGUCCUUGCGGAUGAGUGUGAGGAUUUAAUCGAUGUACCGACAUGCCACAUUAUCGGAUGCAAAGAUCCAUAUAUCCAUGGAGCUAUGGCACUGUUCGGCGUGUGCGAUGACGACACGGCGGUUCUCUUUGACCAUGGCAGCGGGCAUACAGUGCCUCGGGAUGCUCAGACCAUUCAGGAAUUGGCGGAGGUCAUUAAGGGUGUGAGGCAGCAAGGGAAGAAGUGUGGCUGGUAG